AACACGUGCCGCUGGCGAACUGGCAGGUCGUUCGGCCGCACAUUUCCACGUGCCUUCUUUACGUUCGCGAGAAUUAUUAUUCUGAGUGUAACAAACUCCAGACCGACUUUAAAACACUAUUACAAACGAUAUGAAUGAAAAUCCCAAAAAACAAGUUUCAUUUGUGGGUACUAAACUUGUACAGAAGGAUUCAAAAUUCUGUGAAGCAAGGUCUAAAUGCAUCAAAAGUAAUAAACCUUUAAGCCAUGCUGCGAGUAGUGAGCAUCUUAUUUCCCCCUCCAAAGAAAUUAACUGCAAAGUGGAAGCUCUUCUUCAUUCUGUAAAGGAGCAACGACGAAGACAACAGAUUAAGAAGAACUGUGAUCAUCUACGUGCACUUCUCCCAAAAAUAAACAGAACUAGGAUUGACACUGCAUCUUUGCUUGAAAUUACUGUUGAUUACAUGAGAUUCAUUCAAGAAAAUGUUCCAAAAGAAGUUUUGUCACAGGUUGCUAAAUUAAUCCAAGAAUAUGGAGAAGGAAGGUGGUGGAAACCAUUGGAAAGUGCUAACAAAAGGAUAAAGCCAAAAUCCAAAAUGCAGAACUCAACAGUUCAAGGGACUACAGCUUCAGAACAGAUGCACUCCCCAGUAGCAGAUUACUGGGUCCCAAUUGUGCAGCAAAUAUGUAAUCAUCCUUCUUCACAAGGAUAUCCUGCUUUACAGCCCAGUACCCCCAUUGUACCAUCUGUUGCAUUUCCUGAGACUUCAUUUUACCCCUCACCAGUUAUGCUCCAUGGCCUUUCAGAGUAUUAUAGUCCAAAAUUAUUUCCUUUUCCUAGACCCUAUAACCCCAUGCAGAGAUAUGGAAAUUAUGGCAGUAUUUCUUCAGGUCGAAAUAAUUCAUUCUCUAUACUUCAGGGACAAAGCCAUUACAUGCCUCCGCUCGCUCUUCAGCCAAACCCUUGUGUACUGCCAAAUUCUGAUGUCACCUCUGCAGGAUUUUUUUACAACCAUCCAAGUUUAAAUGCACAAGAUCAUCAGUUAAGAAAGAACUUGCCAACGUCUCUACCAUAUAAUGUCAGAAUGUCAAUUGAUUCUUACACCACUCUGCCCGAAGAACACAAAAGCAUGACAAUGGCAACCACUUCUAAAGUGUUACAGUAUUGGAAUUGACUGCCUUAACAAGGUAGAGUAACAUUCUUCAUAUUAGUACUAUUCAUAAUUGUAAUAAAUAAAAUAAAGCAAUGCAGCAUAUGAGAUUACAUCCCUCAAAAGUUUACAUUUUUGGCU